AUGGGAGCCAUUGGAGCCUGGAAAAUUGACAAGGUGGAGCACGGAGAGCUAGUGUGCCGAGCAUGCGACUACGCGGGGCUACCCCUGGAAGGAGGAGCGGAGAGGGUUGCCACGCUGAGCCUGCGCGGGGUGCAGCCGCUGAUUGUUCGGAAAGGUCGGGUGGUCGGUACUGCUGGGCUGCCCGAAGUAAGAUUGAGGGUUUCGGAGCUUUGCGCGGAGGACCAGAUUCCCCCCUUCAAGCUGCUGCGGGACCUGUUUGAGGUGCAGAGGGGGGAGGCACGUCAGCAUGCGAAAUGGGAGGAGGAAUGGGGUGGGAAGGUGGAUUGGGCCAACAUCAUCAAGGUCCGGGACUCCCCAGCCCUGCCGAGCCGAGCGCGGGAUGUCUUGCUCCGGCUGCACUGCCGCAACCUCCAGGUGGGGGUGCGGUUACGCUUCCUGGAGGGGGUGCUAUGUCCGCACUGCGGUGGAGAGGAAACGGCGGACCACUCUGCACCAUCCCCCUUCUUCCUUACCGCGCCACGCAUCCCUGCGAUCGGCGGUUAUGGAAGAAGCCGGCGGGUGGCAGUGUCGUCCAUUCUCACGCGGCAGGAUGGGCAGGCGGACCAAGGAAUGGAUGCGCGGAAGGCGCAAAGGGCAGCGCAGAAGAGCGAGGCGGCGAGCGCGGCGAGGCAGGGAGGCGGCGUGACGGGAAGAGGAGCGCAGAUGAGCGGAAUGCAAGGAGCAGUGGGAAGCGGGGAGCAGGCGGGGGAUGGAAGGGAAACCGCAGUGCAACGGCCAAGUGCGCAGCAUCAGCAGGAUCAACAGCAGCAGCAGCAGCUGGAGCAGGCGGAGGGAGCACGCAAGGCGUCAAGCAGCGUGCGCGCUGUGGAGCGCGUUGCCGCUGCCCGCCAGGGCGGGGCAGCUUCGUGGAGACCUCCCACCUCGCUCACUCGGAUGCCGUCCCUCAACCGAGCCUCGGGCUUCCAGGGGCUAGGGCUAGGCUCGGGCAUUCAGGGGCUAGGCUCGGGCUUUCAGGGGCUAGGCUCGGGCUUUCAGGGGCUAGGUUCGGGCAUUCAGGGACUAGGCUCGGGCAUUCAGGGGCGCGCAUCAGCAGUGCGCAGCAGGCUGCAGGGGGGCGCGAUGGAGGCGGGGAGUCGGAUACAGGGCGGCGCGUACGGCGUGGGCAGCUCCCUCCAGGACACGGCCGCCGUGGUGGGCGGCGUGAUUCAGGGCCGCGCCGUGGAGGUCGGGGGUGCGAUCCAAGGCAAGGCGGUUGCGGUGGGCAGCACGAUACAGGACACGGCAGUAGUGGUGGGGGGUGCGAUCCAAGAUAAGGCAGUGGCAGUGAGCAGCACAAUACAAGACACAGCAGUUGUGGUGGGAGGGGCGAUUCAAGACACGGCAGUGGUGGUAGGCAGCAGGAUUCAGGGCAAAGCGGUGGAGCUGCAGGAGAGAGCGGUGGAGGUGGGUACGAGCAUCCAGGACAGGGCGGUGGAGGUGAGCAGCAGCCUUCAGGACCGCGCGGUGCUGCUGCAGGGCAAGGCCGUGGAGGUGAGCAGCACGCUGCAGGACGUGGUGUCGGAGGUGGGGCAGGUGGUGACUGAGGUGGGUGUGACUAUACAGGAGAAGCAGCAGGAGAUCGCCAAGGUGGUGCAGCACACGGCGGAGGACGUGGAGAGGAGCCUCCCGCCCCCCGCGCAGGGCGCACUGCGCACGGCGGGGUGGGGCGUGCAGGCGGUGGUGAGCGUGGUGGCGCCCGUGCUGGACCGCAUCCCUGUCACGCGCGGGCAGCUGGCGGGCGCGGCCGUGGUGGUGGUGCUGUUCAUCAAGGCCGUGGAGCAGUGGUGGUACCAGUUCCAGCAGGACUCACGGGGCUCGACACACUUUGACAUCCCGGAGCGCAUCCGCGUGGAGGCGCCGUCGCCCCUGCCACCGCCUGUGCCGGUGGCGUCGACGCGGCAGCAGGUGGACGUGCGGCGCAAGGAGCCCAUGGAGUGGGUCAACAUGCUGCUGCGCAAGACGCUCUGCAUCUACCGCACAGGGCUGGCGCCGUGGAUGGGGAGAACCCUGCACGCCGGUGCCUGUGUUCCGCAUAUACUGCAUGGCCUGGAGCGCUGGAUGGUGGGCAUCGUUCCAGCAGGUGGCUGUCAGGUCAAGGCUCUCAAGGUGUGGCCCUACAAACACACGCCUCUCCCCCACUCCCCCCCUUCCCUUCUUCCCUCACCCCUCCAGGUGUUCCGCAUAUACCGCACGGGGUUGGAGCGGUGGAUGGUGGGCAUCCUGCAGGCAGGUGGCUGUAAGGCUUGUAAGUUAUGCCCCCACACGCUUCCUCUCCCUCCCCCUCCCCUCCAGGUGUUCCGAAUCUACCGCACGGGGUUGGAGCGGUGGAUGGUGGGCAUCCUGCAGGCAGGUGGCUGUAAGGCUUGUAAGUUAUGCCCCCACACGCUUCCUCUCCCUCCCCCUCCCCUCCAGGUGUUCCGAAUCUACCGCACGGGGUUGGAGCGGUGGAUGGCGGGCAUCCUGCAGGCAGGUGGCUGUAAGGCUUGUAAGUUAUGCCCCCACACGCUUCCUCUCCCUCCCCCUCCCCUCCAGGUGUUCCAAAUCUACCGCACGGGGUUGGAGCGGUGGAUGGUGGGCAUCCUGCAGGCAGGUGGCUGUAAGGCUUGUAAGUUAUGCCCCCACACGCUUCCUCUCCCUCCCCCUCCCCUCCAGGUGUUCCGAAUCUACCGCACGGGGUUGGAGCGGUGGAUGGUGGGCAUCCUGCAGCCGCUCAUCGAUGAGACGCCCAAGCCACGUGGCGUGCAGCGCGUGCGCAUCAAGCAGUUCUUCCUUGGCGACGAGCCGCCCUCCCUGCGCUCCAUUGAGCGCCGCACCUCAAGGCGCGGCAACGACCUGCAGUACCACGUGGGGGUGCGGUACACGGGGGGAAUGCGCAUGCUACUCGAGGUACCCGUGGACGUGAGCAUGGGCCUCUCGGCCAUCCCGCUCACCGUGCCCAUCCCGGUGGGCGUGCGCAACUUUGACGUGGACGCCGAGGUGUGGGUGCGCCUGAAGCUGAUCCCCGUGGAGCCGUGGGUGGGCGCGCUCACGUGGGCCUUCGUCUCCAUGCCCAAGGUCAAGCUCACCCUCGCGCCCUUCCGCGUCGUCAACCUCAUGGAAGUCACCUGGGCGUUCGUGGCCAUGCCCAGGGUCAAGCUCCCUUCUGCGUCGCCAGCCUCAUGGGUGAACGCUGUGGGCGCUGGGGGAGGGGAGGGGGGGGUGAUGGGUGGGCGAGGAGCGGGUGAUGGGUGGGGGAGGGGGGGUGAUGGGUGGGCGAGGAGCGGAGUUGACAGCCGUAUGAACGGCGAUGUAGAGCCACUUCCCUUCCAUGACAAUAUUCGUUCACUGCCUGUCAGCGUGCAUGUUUGCUGCGUGCUUGCCCAUCCUCUUCUUGUGCUGCAACCCAUGCAUGCACCUGUUGCAAUCCCCUUCCUUCCGUGCACUUCGCCCAUCCUUGCCACAUGCCACCUCAUUCACUCCCCUCCUCACAACCCAUUUCUCGUCACUUUCCUCUCUUCCUUUCCUUUCCUCGUCUCCCCAUGUGUCCGCGCAACACGCCCCCUCUACCCCCAACCACAACACACGCCCACCACCUACGUGCCGUGCCAGCCCCACCAGAGCAGCCCCUCGCAAUGGCCUCCUGCGCCCAGGAGGCGAUCGGAACCAAACCAAAACAACAGCUCAUCUCCCAAGCACCCGUCCCGUGCUGCCUCCACACUCGCCCCCAACCCCCAUCCUCCGCUCCUGCAACCUCGUUAUCCCCCCAGGUACCUGCAGGCGCUGCUAACGGAGGAGCUGCCGGCGCGCUUCCUGCGGCCCAACAGCAAGGAGGUGGACCUCCUCAAGGACCGCCCGCUGCCGCCCGACCCCGCCCACCGCGAGUUCCGCGAGGGGCAGGUGGCGGGCGGCACUCUGGGCUUCGCCGGGGAGCUGCAAGUGACGGUCAUCGCCGCCCAGCGCGUCAUCAACCUGCCCCUCGGCGACAGCGAUCCCUACGUGGUGUUGGAGUUGGGGCAGCAGGUGGCGCGCAGCAAGCGCAACAGCGAGACAUCGCUGGUGGGGCCGGCGGGGUACCCCAUAUGGAACCAGGACUUCGUGCUGCUCGUGCUCGACCCAACCCUGCAGCGCCUCUCCGUCAAGCUCAGGGGCUCGUUGGGGCUCUUCUACGUCGACUUUGGCCACGGCUCGGUGCGCCUGGACGCGCUACAGGACACGGUACCAACGGACGUGUGGGUGCCGAUGCGCCUGCGCCUGCCGGUGGGGCAGAAGGCGUGUGGGCGGGUGAAGAUGCGCCUCACGUACAAGGCGUUCGUGGCGGAGGACGACCAGCAGGACGUUGAGACCUUCGACCAGCCGUACAGCGAGGCUGAGAGCGACGGGGAGGGCGCGGAUGCGCUCGCUACCAUCUCCCGCCUCCGUCGGUUCGUUGCUGACGUGGCGGAUUCGGCUGCUCCGCCGGAGCUGAUGAGGAUCCUGGAGAACGUGAGGGUGGGCGAGAUCCCACGUGUCGUUGACCUGGAGCGACUCAGCAGUGACGUGGCGAAGUUGUCUGACCUGGCGCGUGCGCUCGAGGUGGCGCUGUUCAAGGACGUCAACCGAUUGGCGGAGCUCCCGAGGCUGUCGGAUCUUCCCAAGAUGAAGGAGUUCUCCGUGCUUGCUGAGCUGGCGAGCAUCCGCGCUGACAUGGAACGGCUGGCGCAGGCGGCCCGUGCGCUGGAGCUGGGCGCUGAGCUGGAGAAGCGCGUGAAGGUGGAUCUGUCGCGCAUCGAUCUGGACCUGUCGUCCGUUGAUCUGCCCAAGUGGGACGAGUGGAUGGCUGUGCCGCGCCGAGCCCUGCCCCAGCCCAAGGACCUGGUGGAGCGCUACCGCCUGCUGCUGCCCGAUGCUGAGUCCCGGCGCCGCCAGCGCGAGCGAGAGGCUCGUGCGGAGGGCGGGGAGGAGGGGCGUGACGAUGAUGGUGAUGAUCCGGAUGGUGGGACCGGAGGGGUGAGGCAGAGGGGAGGGUGGUGGAGGGGUGGGUGGAAUGGGAAACGUGGGGAAGGAGGGCGGAGGAACGAGGGAAAUGGAAGGGGAGGGGCAGGAGGGAAGAGGGAGCGGACGGGUUUUUCAGGGGUGGUGAGACGAGGCAUGAAGUUGUGGCGAGGGGAGAGUGGAAGAGAGGGAGCGGAGGAGGGGAAGCGGGACAGAGUGGAUGGAGGAGAGGGAGUGAGAGACGGGAAGGAAGGAGGAGAAGGAGGGGGAGACGGGAAGGAAGGAGGAGAAGGAGGGGGAGAAGCAGGAGGACGGGAGCAGGCAUCAGGGGGGAGGAAGAAGAUACGAAGGGUGACGCCAGCAGUGGUGGCGGAGGGACGGGGCAAGAGUGCCGUGGCGAGGAGAGGGGCAGAGGGGCAGCGGGCGGAAGGGGUGGAGGGGGCGUUUGAGUGGAGGGAGGCGCUUCAGGUGUUUGAGGAUGUGUGGGGCAUGAUGGAGGGUUCCCCCUCCAUGCAGCCGGGGUCGCUCUCAGGGAGACAGAGCCCCUCCGUGCCGGAUGGCCCCGUGUGGCGUGGCAGGGCGCGCUCAGAUGCCCCAGCACGCCCGUUGAGAGGGGAGGCGGAGUGGGAGGGAGGGGUUGGAGAGGGGCGAUAUGGGAAUGGGAGGGCGGGGAUGAGUGGGGAGAGGUUUGAUAGGGUUGGGGGUGAGGGGGGAGGGAAGGCGGAGGGAGACAGGGGGGUCAAUGGGAAUGGCAGUGUGGCAGAGGGAAUAGUCAGUGCUGAUGUGGAUGAGGAGGGUGCCAGCAUGGCAGCACGUGCAGCUGAGUCAGCGGCGGCGGCCAUGGCAGGACGAGGCGAGGGGUGGAUCUCGCCCUCCCUGCAGUCUGCUGGUGGUGGGGUGAGUGGUGCGCGCGGUGUGGGGCAUAGGGAUGGCGGCAGGGGGAGGGAUGAGGAUGAGCAGAAUGCAGGAGGGCAAAGUGGGAGUGGGGCAGUAGCAGGGGUGGAGGGGCGAGGGGUGGGGGAGGAGAAGGGGGCGGGGAGUGGAGGUUCAACAAGGGGAGAGAGGAGGUGGUGGGAGGUGUGGAGCUGGUGGCACCUGCUGGCACCUGGUGGGAUGUGGUGGGGCCUGGUGGCGGAUGCACAGAAUGUAGCAGUCUUGAAGGUGUGUAUAGGUGGCUCCUAUUUAU